UAAUUUCACUUUUCCCACUUUCUCUUUCUAGGAGAGAAAGGUAUCCCACCUCCCUCAUUCCGCCUUUCUCUUCUUCUCUCCCCUUCUCGUCGGUGGCCAUGAUGUUUCCGUCGAACCGGUUCAGGGAUUCGCGCCUUCUCAUUCUCUACUUUCUCAUUUCGUUUGCAUUUGCGGCCGCCGAUGAUGCCGCACGGGACAGUACUUCUAGCCCGAAGACUCCUUCCUGUAACAACAAGUUACAUUUGGUCAAAGUCAAGAAUUGGGUUGAUGGAGUCGAAGGUGAAAGCUUUUCCGGGUUAACUGCUAGGUUCGGGGCAUCAUUGCCUACUCGUGCUGAACAAGGUGUUAGAUUGCCUGCUGUUUUCACGAAUCCUUUAAACUGCUGUUCCACUUCCUCUAUAAAGAUAUCUGGCUCUAUUGCCUUGACAGAACGUGGCGAUUGUGACUUCACGACUAAGGCAAAAAUUGCACAAUCUGGAGGAGCUGCUGCCCUUGUUGUGAUAAAUGACAAGGAAGAACUGUAUGAGAUGAUGUGUCCUGGAAAUGAUACUUCUCUGGAUAUUUCAAUACCUGUUGUGAUGAUUCCAAAGUCAGGAGGAGAUGCUCUUAACAAGUCUAUGGCAGGACAAAAGAAAGUGGAACUUCUAUUAUAUGCACCAAAUCGUCCAAUAGUGGACUUUUCAGUGGUAUUCUUGUGGACAAUGGCUGUUGGAACGGUUGUUGCUGCCUCACUUUGGUCAUUGUUAACUGAUCCUGAGCAGACUGAUGAGCGUUAUAAUGAAUUAUCACCCAAGGUUUAUUAAAUUAGAUCUCUUCUC